CCGACGCGCCAAACACAUAAAACCUCCUACUCUCGCUCUCUCUCUCUCUCUUUCUCUUUCACUCUCACAUUUCCAAACUAAAACCACUCUCUGUGGUCUCUGCUUUACUUUGGGUUUCGUUGUUUUUAUUAUCUACAAUAGUUGCAGUUUGCUGUUGUUUCCAGUGGUAAAUGCAAUGGAGGAUUCUAUGAAUAUGAAGAGUGAUAGGAGUAGUAGUAGUAGUAGUAAAACACUUCUCAUCAACCCAUGGCUUUUCCAUUACCACAAACUCGCUCUCGAGCUCAAAUGCCCUCUCUGCUUAAACUUGCUUCGCAAACCAAUGUUACUCCCAUGCAAUCACAUUUUCUGCAGUUGCUGUAUACCCAUUUCAGCACAGGUUGGAUCAGACUGCUCUGUCUGUAAAGCUCAGUAUUUCAACAAAGAUUUAAGGAUUGCACCUUUCAUAGAAAAUUUGGUUACAAUCUUCAGGGGAUUGGAAGCUACUUACUGUUCCAAUCUUUUUCAGCCUGUUUCAUCUGAUUCUGGGAGGGUUUUGGAGCAAGGCCAGGCUUCACUUUAUACUGGUAAAUUUAGUAAGGAGAGUGUUGAAGGGGCUAAAUCAAGCAGUGGGCAGUCUGUCUUUUCAUUAACGGCUAAUAAGCGAGUUCAGGUUCCGUUGAAUUUGAAUUGUUCUGUUGAAGAUGGGGUUGGCAAGAAUGAUAAAUUUGAGAACUACAAUUCACCAGUAGUUGGUAAAGGUGGCAGGGAAGGAGACAAAUUUAAUGGUGCCGUGAAUAUGAAUCCACCAUCAGACAGUCUACCAAUGAGACCUGGGAACCACGAAGAGUGCAGAGUCGUGGAAAUAGAAAUGAAUCAGGGGGCACAGUCACUACCAGAUAGCCCUCUAUCGUUUAGUGAUGCCAAGGGUUCGGAUGACGACAGCUGUGAUCGGGGCAGUGAGCAUAGUCCAGAAAAUUCUUUGAGCAAGGGAGCCAUGAACAAAAAUUCUGAAGAUAGGAAGAGGCUAUUGAGACAUGAGCGUUCUGGCAAUGAAACUGAAGAUGGUCAUUCAAGGGACAUCAAGAAGCAAAAGAAAUUAAACGAUGGCUCAUCAGAGUUCAUUCCUUCAGUUGUUUCACAUUCUGAAAUCUCGGUGGCUCCCAAUUCUGAAUUGGAGCUUGAGUCUAGGGUGCCUCCUGUUGCUCUGCAGCAUGCUGUGUCAAAUAAAAGCAUUUGUGCAUUUUGCCAGUCUUCCAAAGUCUCGGAGACUAGUGGCCCAAUGUUGCAUUAUGCUAAUGGGAAAAAGGUAGUGGGAGAUGAGGCAACCCAUUCAAACGUCAUACAUGUUCACACAAUAUGCAUUGAUUGGGCACCACAAGUAUAUUAUGACGAUAAUGAAAAUGUUAAGAAUUUGAAGGCAGAAGUGGCAAGGGGUGCUAAGCUCAAGUGCAGCAGGUGUGGAAAGAAGGGAGCAGCCCUGGGUUGCUAUAUGAAAUCCUGUCGAAAAAGCUAUCAUGUUCCUUGUGCAGCAGAAAUAGCAAAUUGUCGUUGGGAUAAUGAAAACUUUCUCAUGCUCUGUCCAGCUCAUUCUUCUGUCAGGUUUCCAAAUGAGAAGCCCAAGUCUGGAAAACAAGUCUUAAAGGAUCAUCCUGAGCCAAUUCAGAAAGCAACGCAGCAGUACAACGGUUGGGAAGCUCCAUCAGAUGGAGCUAAAGAAUGGGUUUUAUGUGGAUCUGCUCUAUCCACAGAAGAGAGGAUUCUUGUGGUCAAGUUUGCGAGCAUGUGUGGUGCAACUGUGACCAAGUUCUGGAAACCAAAUGUAACACACGUGAUUGCAGCCACAGAUGCACAGGGUGCGUGCACCAGGACACUGAAAGUUCUAAUGGCCAUUUUGAAUGGGAGAUGGAUUCUUAAAAUUGACUGGAUAAAAGCAUGCAUGGAAGCCAUGCAUCCUGUGAAUGAAGAACCUUAUGAAGUUGGUCUUGACAACCAUGGUUGUUGUGAUGGCCCCAAAACUGGCAGGCUUUUGGCUUUAAACAAUGCGCCAAAGCUCUUUAAUGGGUUGAAGUUCUAUUUCACUGGUGGCUUUGUGCCUGAAUACGAGGAAGACCUCUGUGAUUUGGUUAUGACAGCAGGAGGUACUGUUUUGAAAAGUAAAGAAGAAUUGGUGCCACAAAGCUGUGAUGGCCAGGCAAAGAUACUAGUUGUUUACAACCUUGAUCCCCCACAAGGAUCCAAGGUAGGAGAAGAAGUUGAUAUUCUUUGGAAAAGAUUAACUGAGGCACAGGAUGUAGCUGCCAAUAUUGGAUCCCAAGUCAUUGGUCACACAUGGCUUUUGGAAUCAAUUGCUGCAUGCGAGUUGCAGCCUCUUUUCAGCUGACAGCAUUUGUCAACUAUUUUGUUGUCUUAUCAGUACAGGAUUAUUACCUGCUUACCAUUCUUGCUCAAAGCUAUCGUGUAUAAAAUUAAGUUAAAAAUUAGAUAGAGCUUUAUUUUAUUUUGGGAACAAUUGCAGGCUCUUAUGUUGCUAACUUUUUGUUAGCUGAUAAAAAGCAUUUGUCACUCAUAUUUUGUUUAUCAUAUAAGUUAAGGAUUAUAAUC